GCCGGAUGUGAUGGCCAUUGACUUUUGCAACAAAAAUGUGGGCACUUUGAUCGAGUGCGACCAGAUAUGCGCCGAAGGCUACGAUGUCGGGAACCUCAUCAGCGCGGACAGGCGUCGUAACGGCUUCAUGGCCGAGUACUUCAUAAAGCCUCCUGUUAGCAUACUGCUGACGCUGCCGUGCCCGACGGAACUGAGUUGCGUGGUUGUCGGUCUUACUCGCGGUCCGGUCAAACUGACUGGCUUCGAGAUUUGGGUGUCGCAAACCGGUGUGGGGGAUACUACGACCUCUGCGACCCGAGACGACUUCGUUCUGAUCGGCAGAAAAUUCGGUGCCACUGACGAAGAAGUCGUUCGGCUUCGCAACAGGUGCUACGUUCCGCGGGGGCCGUUCGCUAGUCUGAUGCGAGAUGGCGGGUCGCCUUCGUUCGCGUACGAAUCACGCGGAACGGGCGAAACGCUUAAGACCGCCUACUGCAAACACGUCUGCAGAUUAAAAGUGAGACUAAUCUGCGCCAUGGGCAGCGCUUCGAUCGGUCUGGGUUCCUUGCAAGUCUGGGGCCAGCCUAUGACUUCCCUCUGCAGCCUAGCUGCCCAAGAGGACCUUAUUCGCAAGUUUCUAGCUACUACGGACUUCAACCGUGAACAUUCGGCCACAGACCAGUGCCGUUCGCCCCCUGCACCGACUGUUCCGGAGUCGCUGCAAGCGAAGAGCGGCGGUCUACUACAAGAGGGUGCAGGCUUAGCGACCGAGUUUCACAUCCCGACAGACUUUCAGGGCCUGACUUUCGAGCUGAUGACGCAACCGGUUCUACUGCCGAGUGGCCAAGUGGUGGACCAGACGACGUUGGAUAAGCACGUCGAGACCGAGGAAAAGUGGGGUAGACCGGCGACAGACCCUUUCACCGGAAUAACACUGGCGGGUGCGAAUUGUCCGAAAAGCCUCCCCGAACUGAAGAGCCGUAUAGACCACUUCGUGGUUCGCAACUUGGAGAAACUGGGGAACAUUCCGAGGACGCUGGGAAGAAGCCGCAGUGCAGGCUGCGAGAUCCUCCGGUCUGGUUUCGUUGUCGCAGUCUGAAGCUUCCCCAUCAUUUCAGGGCUUGAACGAUUCCACGGCAUCUUCCAGUGCAAAAGAUGUAGCUAGCUCGUCACAGAACUGCUGUAGACCGAACCAGUUCAAAACGUUGAACUCUAAAGGAACUGCUGGUAUGACUGGACUCGCAGGCAAAUCUGACUCUUCAACUUCUUCUGAUUCAAACUUGGCCACUGCGCAUUCUCGUUUUGACAACGUGGAUCAGAAAGCGCUGUUUCAGAGACCAUCUGUUUCACCCACAACGUUGCCAAGAGCCAUGCCGGUACCUCAGUCAACCAAGCGACAUGCCGCAUUCGAGCUGGCUACAUCGUCAAGUAGCACCAGGCAGAAGAAGUCGGGAGAAAGUGUGAAACGGAAAACUGAGUCAGAUGUGAAAGCUUCUGAGACCAAGCAACCACGAUGCGAUGCUCAAAACACACGAACAACGCCUUGCCGACAGCCUGUCCAGUUUCUCUGGCUGAAACACUGCAGCGGAUAAGAAACAGUGCUCAGGGCAAACUCGAAGUUAAAGAAAUAGACAGUGACCUGUGCUGGGCAUGUAGGACAUCACAAUCCACGCACCGUGUGCCGUGUGGUCACCAUUUCUGUCGUGCCUGUUUAACGAAAUGCUGUUGGAAAUGGACAGUGUACCU